AUGGAUAGCUUGAAGGAGCUGCCGAGCGACACGCCAAGACUCAAAAGUGACCUCGAGGAAAAGACGAUCCACGACCAAGAGCUUCUGUCUGCUUCUAAAAUUGGUUAUAAGCAGUUUCUGCUCCUCCGAGUGACUUGGAAGAUACACAAAGCAGACACAAUCGUCAAUGAACUGGCCACAAAGGACAAGGAUUGGAUACAGAAAGCCAAGAAAAAGCUUCUCUCUUACCAGUCGUGGGCCACGUACUGUGAAAGUGUUGAGCUCGCAGAAGAGCGCUCUUCUGAGGGCUCAGGAGAGCCCUCAAAAGCAACACCCGAGGGAAACUUUGCCAUUGUUCGACACUACCAGCGCGAGGUCACAAAGUCCAAGCCCGAAGUCAACCCUCAAGCCUUCGACACGCCUAUCGCAGCUCGAACUCGUGGAAAGGUAAAUGAUCCCCUAGAUAAGGAAUGGCGAGACUUAGGUUGGAUCCUUUUGAAACCCCGACCAAAAAGUCCAACCAGUCUAGCAAAUUCAGCCUCGAAGAUGAUAGCCCAAGCCGCACCCCAAGUUCAGGCCCCAGUCCCCAGCCCUGGCCCUAGUCCGCCAAAUACAAUCUCACGGGAACUAGACAAAAUCUUGUACCCUCCGACAAAGGACGAACAAAUUGUGAAUACUGCGCUGAUAGUAUUUCUCAAUGCUUUGACAACCCACUUCGACUUUUACUCGAACUGGACAUUGCACAGAAAGCCAUUUGUUGCUACCUUUGAAAACGCUCAGUUCGAAGCAAGGACGGACGGGUAUCUUGACAGUCCUGGCGAAAAACCCAGGGUCCUUAUCGAGGUCAAACCUGUUCUAAGGUUUAGCAAUCUCCUGGCUAUUCAGAUGCAGGAGGGCGCCGCCCAAAUGGUCGCUUGGAUCAAAAGCGAUGGCGACCUAGCUCAGCGUACCAACACCACGUAUGCAUUUACCCCUUCUGAACGCAACUACGAGUACUACUAA